AUGUGGAACUGCGAAUCUUUCAAUGGUACCAAAAGCAUAGAGGACCAGCAUCUUUGCCAUGAUUUCCAUCUUGUACUUUCCAUUUUUUCAUUGCUCUACCUCAUCAUCUGUUUCCCCAUUGGCCUGUGUUAUAAUGCCCUACUGGUGCUAGUCAACCUAUACAACAAAGCAACUAUGACCAUGCCAGAUGUUUACUUUGUCAAUAUUGCAAUUGCUGGCCUCAUCAUCAAUGCUAUUGCACCAAUGUACCUUCUAGGACCUGCCAGUACAAAAUGGGCCAUCUGGAGUUUCAACAAUGAAGUCUACAUUACCUUGCUUAUCUUGUUCAAUGUAUCAUCUCUGGUUAUCAUGUAUUCUACCACACUGCUCAGCCUGGACUACUACAUUGAACGUGCUUUGCCAAGAACUUACAUGUCUAGUGUAUACAACACAAAGCAUGUAUGUGGAUUUAUUUGGGGAGGAGCUAUGCUUACCAGCUUUUCAUCUCUUCUGUUUUAUGUCUGCAACCAUGUCUCCACUAAAAUAAUAGAAUGUUCCAAAAUGCAGAACAAAGAAGCAGCAGAUGCCAUCAUGGUUUUUAUUGGAUACGUCGUACCAGCCAUUGCUGUGCUGUAUGCGCUUGUGUUAAUUCUGCGAAUACGCAAAGAGGCAACACCGCUGGACCAAGACACUGGAAGAUUAGAUCCAUCAGUACACAGGCUUUUGAUUGCUACUGUUUGUACACAGUUCACAUUAUGGACACCUUAUUAUGUAACUCUUCUAGUAAACACAUUAACUAGUAUGCAAGGAAAAGUUACGGAUGAAAAUUACACUAGAGUAUUACAUUUUACCAAGGGACUAUCAAAAUUCUUGGCUUUUUCAAGCAGUUUUGUCAUGCCUCUACUUUACCGAUACAUCAACAAAAACUUUCCAAUCAAAUUGCGAAGGCUGCUUAAAAAACUGCACUGUGGAAAUCAAGGAUGCUCUCAUGAACGCACGGUUGUUCAGCAAGUUAUAACGUAG